AGCAGAGGAUGAAACGAGAAAAAUAUAAUUAUAAGGAGGGCAAGUGAAAUGGUAACAUUGAUUCUAAACUGAAGUUUCUAUAAUUUUUUUGUUUUUAUUUUGAUUCGAGAUUUGAACGCGGAAGUGGGUACCGUUGUCUGUAGCUUUAUUUGUCUAAAUACGUAUUGCUCGGUUUUUUAAAGUUAUAAAAAAUGUCUAAAUUAUGGUAAGCAAUAAAUUUCCACCGUGGUACGGCUAAUUUUCACGAAAAAUGGCUUCUAGAGGAGAUAAAAGCAAUGGCGAGGAACAAAUUGUCGAGACGCUGGCGGAGGUGUUUCGAUGCUUCAUUUGUAUGGAGAAACUCGUAGAUGCCCACCUAUGCCCUCAUUGUUCCAAACUCUGCUGUUACGCUUGUGUCCGACGGUGGCUGACGGAACAAAGGUCCCAGUGCCCUCACUGUCGGGCUGCACUCCACCUACACGAGUUGGUAAAUUGCCGUUGGGUGGAAGAGGUCACUCAGCAAAUAGAAACCAUGCAACAGACAAACUCAGCUACUCAGAGAGAAAGCUUUAGAGAUAGAUGUCCAUCCCAUCAAGAGCGCCUAACAGUAUACUGUUGGACAUGCCGUCGGUGUAUCUGCCAUCAAUGUGCUCUAUGGGGUGGUACACAUUCUGGCCACACAUUUAAACCACUGGAAGAGGUGUAUGAGCAACAUGUGACCCAGAUAAGAGAUGAGGUAUCCCAAUUGAGGCGAAGACUUAUGGAGCUUAUAAGUCUAGUGCAAGAAGUGGAACGAAAUGUCGAAUCUGUUCGAGCGGCGAAAGACGAACGAGUACGUGAAAUUCGUAAUGCCGUGGAACUAAUGAUCUCACGCCUUGACUCGGCACUUAAGGCAAAACUUCUCACUCUCAUGGGACAGAAGAACAGCCUAACACAAGAGACUGAGCAGUUGGAACAUCUCCUUCAAGAAGUUGAACACCAGCUGCACGCUAGCACUAGAUCUGAACUUAUCGCUAAAAGUGGCGACUUGUCAAAGAUGAUUCAUCAAGUCCGCAAAAAGCCUAUGGCUAGCUUCGUUACUGCGCCGGUACCGGCCGAUUUUCACAGUGAAAUCGUGCCAAGUUACGAUAGUAGUACGUUCCCGCUGACGAAAUUCACUCAACUUCAGCACGCGGCUGCACCCGUAUAUUCUGCCCCACUCCAUGUGCACGGUCUUUGCUGGAGGCUAAAGGUCUACCCUGAUGGCAAUGGUGUGGUUCGGGGAAGCUACCUUUCCGUGUUUUUGGAACUGAGUGCAGGCUUACCGGAAAAUUCAAAGUACGAGUAUCGUGUAGAAAUGCUUCAUCAAGUAUCCCGAGAUCCAUCAAAGAAUAUUGUACGCGAGUUUGCGUCUGACUUUGAAGUCGGCGAGUGUUGGGGAUACAAUAGAUUCUUCCGCCUCGAUUUGCUCGCCAGCGAGGGAUAUCUCAACCAUGAGACUGAUACUCUAAUUUUAAGGUUUCAAGUUCGUCCGCCAACGUUCUAUCAACGUUGUCGUGAUCAGCAGUGGUACAUUAACCAGUUAAUAACUCUGCAGAAUCAACAUAUUCUGCAAAUUAGUGAUCUCAAGGAGCGUCUCAAUUUAGAGAUGUCUCGCAACUCAAUGGCUGCAACUAGAGCCUCGAAUGGCUCGGUGACGUCACAAAAUCCCAAUGAGACUGAAGGCCAGGCCAACCAAUUGGACUUGACUACCACAGAACCCGCGGUGUUAACCCAGUGGAAGUUCACACCGCAGACUGUCAUCGCUGGCCCGCGAUUGAUGAGCCCUGGUAUUUUAAAUAACUCGUUGUUUGAAGAGAGCUGCGCAAGCGGCGUUUGUCGUAACAGCAUGAACUCGGACGCGUGUUUCGGUGACUACGCACAUCUCGGGCGGGUCAAUCAGCACGCGUUGGACGCGUAUAAUCUACCCUCUACUUCGAGAUCAACAAGUUCGGUCCGUUCGUGCACGCAAAGUCCGUCAGUGGCAGGAAUACAUUCAGCUUUAUCUCCUGGAUCGAAUUCGCGGAUCCGAAGGGAAAGGCCGGAAAGGGCUGAGCGAUCCGAUCGGAUGGACAGACCUGAUCGAUUGCCACCGCCAGAUAAAGACACCCAUCUUACGGGUGUAGCGAGUACACCAAUAACGGAAGCCUCAGGGGGAUGCGCCGGCGCACUCUGUACGUCAAUUUCUUCUCCUGAGUUGCACAGUGCUGCUCCGCCGGCCACUGCACCUGGAAAUUCUGAGUCCAGCAGUGAUACCGGGGAAAUAAUGUUCAGUGAAUUGGACGGAUUUGUAGACGAAAACAGCGUAAACCACAUCGAAGAAAACUCAAACGAAGAGAAUGACGUCGACGAGGAAACUAUGUCUGGCGAGAACGACAUAGAGGGAGCUGUCGGCGGUGGAUGUUACAGUACUGAGGCGGACAUUUUGAAUCGUUUACUCUACGCGGUACGAGGCCGUGGCGUGACACCAGCAGGUAGUGACGGUACAACAGUUGCAGUCCCAUCCACUAACCGAAGCGAUGACCCUCAGCUGUCAACGGCUGCUCAUACUGAUAUGCUGCUUCUGAAUCUCAUGAAGAUUAAUGGACUGACGCCUAAGACCACGAAACCUCAAAAUGCAGCCAAGCGCAACUGGUCCUCGCGAACCCAAUCGGCGGAAGAAGUGAGUGGUCGCGGGGCGAGGGGAGGUGGUCGUAGCACGGGUCGCACGCGCACGUUGCGACGGCCACACCCCUCCACGCUCGCUGCUAUCUCCUUUAGGAUGUCGUCUGGACAGAUAUUGCCCGAUAAUAUAAGAUCGAGCCGUGGCUCGUCAAGUAGCCGCGUGAGCAGUCCGCCCAGUAGUCCCGGCCGAUCGCCCACUCACUGCAAUUGGCCCAACGCUGAACUAAGCGAUAAUGAUGACGUCGAGGCCAUACUCGAUUAUAAUGAUAGCUUAUUCGAUAUGCUCCUCAACAGCCUGUCCCUAGAUGGGACAUCCGGCGAAGAAGCUCCUCCUGUUCAGCCCUGGAGCCCCGCCAGAGAUCCUCCUAACCACGAUUGACGCACCCGCGAGUACCGGCACUAAUGUCGGUACAAUAUUGACCGGCUUCACUUGCAUUUUGCAACUACAUAAUAAAUGAAAUUAUAUUUUAUUUGCAGUUAGUCGUGACGCCACUGCCAAAUCUGGUACAUGUUUGUGUCUAUAAUGUUUUCCCCUUACUCAUAAAACCUAAUUGGAAUUCUAAAACGUAGACUAUAGAUGCGUUGCCAUGGUUACCAUUUUUAGAUAAAAAAACGAAACUAUACAAAACUCGGUUAUCAUUUGUCUUCGUGACACGAUUCUUAUUAUAGAUUUAGCUAUCUCAUUUCAACAGUAAGAACAACAUUUGGAAGAAAGAGAUGAAAGAUUUUAGUCAAAGUUAUUUGAGGGAAUUAAUUACGUCAAAAUGUUUGACUCCUCAGGCAGCAAUAGUGAGUCUUAGAUCCUUGUAGCGUAUUUAAGGAUAUAAAAAUAGUAAAAGAUGAAAAACAGUAUUUUCAAAUGAAAGUGAUUUUAAUGUUCGAUUAUGUGUAGUACAAAUUACGAUAUUAGAAAUAUGAGUGUGCUUUUUGCAAUGAUUGAAGAAUUUGUUUAAUACUCGCUAGAGAGCAAGACUUGCCUUGACUUUGGCUACCUUCUUACUGACAGCUAAUAAGAAAUUCAUUGACGUGGCUAUUCGGCCACUAUCUAUUUACUCUCUAAAUAGCCUUGCUUCUAAAAUGCUUGUCAGUACAAUCGUAGCCUAAAGUCGUCCUGUACAGUUAGAUUAAGUGUUAAGUUGUAUCGGGUCAUGUCAAAAUCGCAUAUGUUCAUGAAUAUAUAUGGUUAUUUUUUAUUAUGUUUCGGUGUAAUUCUUAAAAAUUAUUUUCGCCUAAUUCAAAUUCAAUUUCCAAAUAUUUCAGUAAUUUGUUUAUCGUAGCAAUUUUUUUUUAUCAAUUGAUAUAAUUCGAAUUUAUUUAACUGGAUUACGGGAAAUGCUGUAAUUAUUAUAUUAAAAAGAAAUCUCUUAAAUUUAGUUUUGGAAGUUUGAAGUGAAUUGCGUGUUUUUAACACUAGGUUAAAGUUAAAUAGGAAUAUUGAGAGUUUUGAUUCAUGUUGAUUAUUGAUUUGACAUGGUCCGAAAGGUUUUAGUUUCACAUAUUCAACUUUGCGUGAACAUUCCGAUUGUUUUGAAUAAAGUAAAAGGGUUAUGCUAGAAAAUGACAGAUUUUGUCUUUCGAUUUCCGAUGUUUAAUAACUUUUGGGGUGAUUUUUUUUGAUCUAACACUUAAGAUGUUAUUUCGAAUUUGUCUAACAUAAAAACGAAAGGUGUCGUGUCUAUGGAUAUAUUGACUCAUUAGCUUGACAUUCUUCAGUUUAAUGUGUCAAAUACCGAUACAAAUGAAUUGUCAAUAGCAAUUGACCGUCGUUUUAUCGAGUGACAGGUCAACCACAGUGACAGGCUUACGUGCAAUGUCUAGAAUAGAGUUAAUAUAUUGAAACAAAUUGAUCUUGUGUAACAUAGCAAUCACUUUUUCCAGUUUCUUCAGUCAGUGUUAUUGUUUUUUUUAAUUUCGUAAGGAAAUUCCUUUGCUUAUAGCCAGUCUUUUAAAUAAAUUGAUUGAUGAA